UAGAGACAGACACCGAACAUGGCGGCGCUCGGCAGCCGUGCAAAUCGCCCAGAAAACGGCGAAAAACAAAGCAAAUCUCCUCUCGUGUCUCCCCUGAAAGUGCGAGAACUUCUAAAUGAAGGCGUAGCCUCGGAAGACAACGUGUUUAAUUGUUCGCAGCAGGAUACAAGCACACUGUCUCCAAAUGGUCUUGGGAAAGCUCCUUGUGAGGCAGCAAACAAAGAAGCAUUUUUCAACAGAGUAGAAUCCUACUCCUGUCUGAAAUGGGCCGGAAAGCCCCGUGUGCUCUCGCCGCUGAGAUGUGCACGGUACGGCUGGAUCAAUGUAGACUGUGAUAUGUUAAGGUGUUCUAGUUGCCAGGCUUUUCUCUGUGCAUCAAUCCAAGCAACCUUGGACUUCCAGAAAUAUGAAGGACGGAUUUCGGAGUUGCUACAGCAGCUUCAAACGCAACAUGAGAAAUUUUGUUCCUGGCCAGAUUUUCCAUGUCCAGAUCGUUUCUGGAUGGUUCCUAUUAAUGAGCCUACGAUAUUACUCGGUGCCUUUGUAGACCGUUUCAAGAGUGCUUGCCUUCUAGAACAGCAGCUGCCUGCUAUGAAGCCAGAGCAGCUCAAAGCCAUGACCUUAACUGAAGAUGUUAUAAGUGUCCUCCUUCAGCUGAUUGAAGAUGAGCAAGUGAAGCAAGGUGGUUCUCCCUCUAAAGUCUCAUCAGAUCUACUCUCUGUACAGGUGGCAGCAUGCAUCAUAGCCCUCUGUGGUUGGGCAGCCAGCCCGUCACUACACAUUAUGAAUCUGCCCACCCUCACUUGUUCGUACUGCAUGAGAAAGGUAGGGAUGUGGAACUUCUAUCAAAUGGAGACUGUUUCAGAGGGUGAAAACCCUCCGCAGUCUCCAACAUCUACUACUGCCUCGACUCCAACUCAAGGCACAAGUGGGGAAAGGGGUACGCCCACCUCACCAUCCCAAUCCCCCACUCCAUGUCGCAUGAAGCUGCGUAGUCAAGACUCCACACGCUCUGAGCAGAUGGACACUACAUCAUCCCCACUGGUUCUUCGCACCAGAAGCAGAGACUCCCCUAUCCCACAUGAUGAGCUUCCAAGCCCCCUGUCCAGGGGCAAGAGACCAAUGACCCGCAGCAGGGGUCAAGGAGAAAACCUGGCCAUGGAUGUGCCCUCUAGUCCACAGCGAAAGACAAAACGCCUGCGUCUCUCAUCUGCCAGUGGCUCUGAAGGGCCCAUGCACAGAAAUGUGUUUGACCCAGUAGCCCAGCACCGAGACUGGUGUCCUUGGGUGAGUGUGGGAAGAGAGGAGGGCAAUCUAGACGGGUCUGUCUUUGUUGGCUGUGAGUCAGAACUCCCUCAACCAGGCUGGAAAGCAGCGCUCACCCUGUUCUUAUCCAUGAAAAGAAGCCUCAGUCCAGUAGGAGCCAGCCCAUCUCAGGGUCCUCAUGACAAAUCAAAAAGGGUGUUCUCGAUAUUCCGACAGUGGCAGGUAUCUUCCCCAAGCCAGUAAGUUGCACUUUGGAAAGUGGACUGGGAAACCCUGGUGACGUUAUUCUAGUGGUACGCUGUCCUUUGUAAUAAUGACAGUACUUUCAUAUCAGAUUGUUUCUUGAUAAUGUGAGUCUUGUUUACAGUAUUGGGUUUGGUUGGGAAAGGGACAGUAAAUCCACACGGAUCAAAGCAGCCUGUGCUGAAAGACCUUGCCUUGGAACAGGAAAGCCCAGCAGAGUUCUUCUCAGAAAUUGUAACUUUAACACACUGUUUUGAAUCUGGGCCUGUCCAGUCUACAUUCAAACAUCAACAGACCAGUGGCCAGCGCAAUUUACCUUGCAUGGACUGCCGAAUAGUCCUCGCCACCUCAGGCUUUAGGGUUUUAGCCUAAUUUAGGGAAGCUUUAGUGACGCUCCUAGACCUACACUGGAAGACAUGCUAGUUGUAUCAUUGCUGGACGUUGUUCAGAUUAUAGAUCAGCCAAGGAUUUUUCUGCAUUGUUUAAGUAGGUAUAUGAUAUUUACUUCCAUAAAUGUGAAUGGACUGAAUCUCAUUUUUAAAGAUGUUUAUCCUUUAUCUUUUACCCACAUGCCAGCUAAAAUAGAUGCCAUAUUUAGAAAAGAGUGCCAAUGUAAAUGGUUUUGUUUUUGGAUCACUUUCUCUGUAAGUGCUGCCUGUAGUGCCCUUCAUCAUGCAUGCAAUUCUUGGCAUCUCUGCCUAAUCUAAAUAAACAUAUUCCUUUUGCUGGUUUUCACUA